CGCCACCUAACACCCGACGCCAUAUCGUCGCUAUACCUGUGACUGUGCUCGUGUUCUGGCUUCUUCUAGCGCCGUCACGCAAGGCUGAUCAGCAUCGAGUCUGCCUGCCUAUGUCAAUCCUCAUAAAUACCCCGAUGCUCCAGGUUUCGGCUCUUCAAACCGCGGACAAAAGUACCUAGGAUGAAUCAAAUAAACAAGAAUCCCUACAACCGUGCUAACCGCGCGGGCAGCUUCUGCACCCCUACAUUCGAUGCCCAGAGUAGGGCGUCAGAAGCCAUUUUUCCUCUCGAUGGAUGCGACAUAGCAACAGUAUCCAAUGAGAGAUUGAUUCGACUAUUUGAUAAUGCGCCAAAACUGCAUCAACUAGGAUGUACAUCGGUCGUGCGACUUUCACAAACUCUGGUCAUGAAAAGUGGAUCCAGUGUCCUGCCGUCCGAGGCAAAAAAUAUGAAUUAUGCCGCCCAGCUAGGGGGGAUGCGUCUUCCCAAGGUCUACGGUAGCUUCAACAGCUCGAAUCCGACCGCAGGCAUAUCACAAACGCGAGGUUACAUUGUGAUGGACUAUGUGAAGGGUUCCUGCCUUGCAGACUUGUGGCCAAACAUGAACCUGCAACAACGCCAAACCGUAAUCACUCAGGUUGCGGUAAUGAUACGGAAGAUGCAGUCUACUCCGCUCGAUUUCGCUGGCCCUGUGGGUGGAGGCAUGUCCCAGGGCCUGUUUUUUACCGAUUGGGGCGCUGGACCUUUUGAGAAUGGCCGCGCGAUGGAGGACUGGUUCAACCACAAGCUGCAUGUAUGCAAGGCGUUCAAACGAGUACCAUUAAACGCAGCACCCUUCGAGUUUUCUACCUUCGUGUUUACCCACGGGGAUAUCUCGCCGCGGAAUAUUAUUCUGGACGGCCAGGGCCUUGUCUGGUUGAUUGACUGGCAAAAUGCGGGGUCUUAUCCACCUCAGUUUGAAGCUGCAGUUAUAGCAGACCAAUCCGACUUUAAGGACUUCGGGGAGAUGUUGUUGAAGCAUAUAGAGCAUGAUGAAGCGAAAGUCAGGCAGUUAAGAAGUGUUUGGUAUGCCUUGACUACAGGGGCUUUCCUAUAGACUCUAGAAUUGCUUAUAGUUACUUAGUUGAGUAGAAAAU